AUGAAGCCGUUUAUCAAAGAUUGUUCUACCAGUGCUGGCGGUGCUCAAGUGUGUACAACAGCAGAUGCUAACUCAGUCUGUGUAAAUGACGCGUGCGUUUGCAAGGCAACGUUUCAACUCACUGGGGCAGAUGACUCGGAUGUCUGUGUUGCUACGGAUUGUUCUACCGUUACUACAGCGUGUGAUGCGGAUACAAAUUCAGAAUGUAAAGCUAACGUGUGCGUUUGUAAGGCAAAGUUUGAGCUGGCAGAUGACUCGGCUGUCUGUGUUGCUAAGGUGAUUGGCUCCAGCUGUACAGCGGAUGGAGACUGCGCGGAUAUAACAGACGCUGUGUGUGAUACGGAUGCAGAUAUUUGCUCUUGCCCUGGAACUUCUACAGCUAACACGGACGAAAAUGGAUGCGUACCAAACAUCUGUACAGACAACACCACAUGUACGACAGUCGAUGCUAAUGCAAUAUGCGCAGAAGGAAAAUGCGAUUGCAAUGUCGGGUUUGAGAUUUCCAACUUACUGCUCUGUCAGGCAAAAGUCAUUGGUUCAAGCUGUACAGCAGAGGGCGGGGAGUGUGCCGCUAUAGCUGGAGCAAUCUGUGAUACCUCCGGGGACUCUUCUAUUUGUGCAUGUCCAGACACACACGAGGCAAACCAAGAUGGAAGCCAAUGUACUUACAAGAACAACGGUGUUGUUUCUGCUGCGUCAAUGGCUUUGUUGUUUAUCUGCUGUCUACCAACAUUUCUCUAUCUAGUUUAG